AUGAACACUUCAAAUUGCUUGGGAAUUCGAGCUUUUGCCGACACUUAUGCAUGUGGAGAGCUCUUACGCUGUGCUAACAAGUAUAUCCUGCACAACUUCAAGGACGUUAUUGGCACUGAUGAGUUUUAUAAUCUUCCUGGUAAGCAAUUAGUUAAGCUGAUUUCAAGUGAAGAACUUCAGGUGCCUUCAGAAGACCAGGUUUUCAAAGCGGUUGUUGAGUGGGUCAGGUUCGAUUUACCGGCUCGACAACAAUUAUUCCCACAGUUGUUCGAGCAUGUGCGGCUUCCUCUUUGUCAUAGUGGAUUUCUGGUCAAUACGGUCAGUAAGGAAGCCUUGGUGAAGGCGAACGCUGCAUGCCGAAAUCUUGUCGAUGAAGCGAAGGACUACCAACUUCUACAAUUUUCUACACACGAACGACCAAGCAUACAAGAAUCGCGUACUCGGCCACGAAAAGUACUCACCGGUGAAAUAUUGUACGUA